AUGAAUGUUGUAUUACAGAUCUGUGUAAAACACAAGGAUGUGGGGAAACAGGUAAUAAUUACAUCACAGUGUAAUGAAUGUUGUACUACAGAUAUGUGUAUCACACAAAGAUGUGGGGAAACAGAUAUGUGUAACACACAAAGAAGUGGGAAAACAGAUCUGUGUAACACACAAGGAUGUGGGGAAACAGAUAAUAAUGCUGCUGGUGUAAAUGUGUGUUAUCGCUGUUCUGGUAAUUUACAGUCUGAAACAUGCCAUAAAAUAGCUUUCUGUAAGCAGGAUGAGUUAUGUUUCACGAAGGAAGAGUUCAGAAAUGGAGAAAAAUACAUUUUCACCGGCUGUAUGGAAAAGCGUAUGUGUAAUAUGGACAUUGAUUCUAUAUUUGGAAAGAGGGCAGAACCUGAUCUACAAUGUUGUUCCGAUAACCUAUGUAACGGUCAUAUUAACCAAACACUGACGACAAUAAAACCUUCACAAACGUCAUCAACCCCAGUUAUUCCGGCGUCAACAACCCCAUUUAUUCCAGCGUCAACAAGUGCUCCCGUUACAUUAAUACCAAGCGAAUGUACAAAUACAGCUUCAUCUGUAGUAUCACCAAUCAACUGUGACUUUGAAAAAGUCGAUAUCUGCAAUUACAUGGAAGAUAAUAACAAUAAAAUUGAUUGGAGAAGACACACUGGUAUGACGUCAUCAUUGAAUACCGGACCGUCUGCUGAUCAUACCACGUCCAAAGGUUACUACAUGUAUAUAGAAACAUCUCUUGCCUUAAGAAAGGGAGAUAGCGCUAGGAUAUGGUCUAUGCCAACAUCAUCGACAAAAGGUCAGUGCAUAUCCUUCUGGUAUAACAUGUAUGGUGUCUCCAUAGGAACACUCAAUGUCUACAUCGCUGACAAUUCUACCGGUACUGAGCAGAUAAACCUGGUAUGGUCCCUGUCUGGUAACCAAGGCAACACAUGGCACAUUGCAAACGUCCCAUUGUCGGAUCUACAGUCGAUGAAGGUAAUAUUUGAAGGAAUUGCUGGGGACGGCUACACAGGAGACAUAGCCAUUGAUGAUAUACAACUGAUGGAUGCAUGUCCCUGUCCGGACAGUAUCCCUACCCCGGGGCCUUCAACAAUCGCUCCUCUGUCAACAGAAUAUCAAACAGAUAGUACAACACCACCUUCAAUUACAAUAACAUCUCAGGCAUCCGAGGCUACAUCUACACUACCAACCACUACGGAUAGUACAACACCGCCUUCCAUUACAUUUACAAUAACACCUCAGGCAUCCGAGGCUACAUCUACACUACCAACCACUACGGAUAGUACAACACCGCCUUCCAUUACAUUUACAAUAACACCUCAGGCAUCCGAGGCUACAUCUACACUACCAACCACUACGGAUAGUACAACACCGCCUUCAAUUACAUUUACAAUAACAUCUCAGGCAUCCGAGGCUACAUCUACACUACCAACCACUACGGUAACACUACCUCCAGUAUCAACCAGUCCUACUAUUGUGGAAUCGCCUAUUAAUUGUGCCUUUGAAAACACUAGUAUCUGUCACUACCGGCAGGAGUCAGGGGAAGAACAUGAUUGGUUAAGACAUUCGGGUAGGACCAAUUCUCUAAAUACCGGACCAAUUGCGGACCAUACCUAUAAUACUUCCAGAGGCCAUUAUGUGUACCUAGAAUCAUCAAAUUCAAUAAAGAAAGGAGAAAUAGCAAGAUUAUGGACACCGUUGAUCACACCAACAAAUGGUCAGUGCUUGUCGUUCUGGUACAACAUGUACGGCAUGACUGUGGGAAACUUAACAAUUUAUACCGGUAACAACUCAACAGGAAGUGAACAGUUAGAUAGCGCUAUAUGUACAAUCUCUGGAAAUCAAGGACAAUCGUGGAAACAAAAAUGUAUUCUUCUACCGGAUUCUAAACCAAUAAAUAUUGUGUUCGAGGCAGAAACAGGGGAUGGCUACACGGGAGAUAUUGCCUUAGAUGAUGUCAAUCUUAACUUUGUUUGUCCAUGUCAAGAUACUUGUAGCUGAGAUAUGUGAC